AAUGUUCUUGAUCCAAGGUCUAAUAAAACUGGUUCAGAAGCAACUACUCUUAUUGGGCUCUUUCAAAAGAUUAGCUCCAGAUUUAAGAAAGCUUUUCGUGAAAUAUUGGAGCGGAAGGCUUCUGCACAUCCUUUUGAGAAUGUUCAAUCUAUGCUACCACCAAAUUCGUGGCUUGGGUCAUAUCCUAUCCCUGAUCACAAACGUGAUGCAGCACGGGCAGAGAAUGCACUUACACUUUCUUUUGGAAGUGAGCUGAUUGGCAUGCAAAGGGAUUGGAAUGAAGAGUUACAAUCUUGUCGGGAAUUCCCCCAUACAAACCCCCAGGAAAGGAUACUGCGAGAUAGGGCCCUGUACAAAGUCAGUUCGGACUUUGUAGAUGCUGCAAUUAGUGGUGCUAUUGGAGUUAUCAACAGGUGUAUUCCCCCAAUUAAUCCAACUGAUCCAGAGUGCUUUCAUAUGUACGUUCACAAUAAUAUAUUCUUCAGCUUUGCUGUUGAUGCGGAUCUUGAGCAACUGUCCCGAAAGCAGGGAGCUGAUUCUAAAGUUGAGGGCACAGGCUUAUUACGUAGUUUGUCGGAAAAGACCUCCAACAAUUUGUCACAGGGAGCCUCUGAAGUCUCUAAUGGAGAUGAGCAUGGCGGCCCAGUUGUAGAAGCUGUAAACAUCAACUUGGAUUGUCCUCCUGGAGUGCCUGGUGAAACUCAGUUGGCAGAAAGUGAGCAAGCCACUUAUGCAAGUGCGAAUAAUGACUUGAAAGGCACAAAAUCAUAUCAGGAAGCUGAUGUCCCUGGAUUAUACAACCUUGCUAUGGCGAUAAUUGAUUAUAGAGGUCAUAGAGUGGUGGCACAGAGUGUUUUACCUGGUAUCCUUCAAGGUGACAAAUCAGAUUCCCUCUUAUACGGGUCUGUUGAUAAUGGCAAGAAAAUCUGCUGGAGUGACGAGUUCCAUUCCAAGGUACCAGUGGACCUUAAUUUUUUGUUCACCUUCUUUUUUUCCUUGUAUGGCUUGCACAACAAUUUUAGGAUGUUUGUGGAAAGUAUAAGGUUUAUUAGGAUUACUUGCUGGGUUUGUCAUGAUUCUUUAACUAUCAUACUUUUUUUUUUUCAAAGACAAACCACUAACACAUCUUAUGUGGUUUUCAGGCAUUAUCUGUUGGACUUGAUGAGAGUCACUCCUCGUGAUGCAAAUUAUAGUGGUUCAGGUUCCAGAUUUUGUAUUUUGCGACCUGAAUUGAUAACUGCGUUUUGCCAAGCUGAAGUUGCUGAGAGGUCAAAAUCGAAGUGCGAGUCAGAGGGGGAGGUACCAGUGGCCUCUGAUUCUUCAACGGUAAAUAACACUGAAGAAUUACAAACAACCGAUGGCGUUGCCCCAGCUGAAGUCGACAGUAAUAAGGGAGAAAAAAGUGUGAAGGAUGCUGGUAACAACUGCUGUUCUCACUCGGGAAGAACGGAUACUGAGGAUAUACUUUUCAAUCCUAACGUCUUUACAGAUUUUAAGUUGGCAGGGAGUGAAGAGGAGAUAGUUGCUGACCAAGAACUUGUGAAGAAAGUGAGUUUGUAUCUGAAAGACACUGUGCUUCCGAAGUUUAUUCAAGAUCUCUGCACACUUGAAGUUUCACCCAUGGAUGGGCAAACUUUAACUGAGGCACUCCAUGCGCAUGGAAUUAAUUUGCGCUAUCUGGGAAAAGUGGCUGAGGGGACCAGGAACUUGCCUCAUUUAUGGGAUCUUUGUUCCAAUGAGAUUGUUGUCAGAUGUGCGAAGCACAUACUCAAGGAUGUGCUGAGGGAUGCUGAGGACCAUGAUCUUGCAAACACAAUCUCACAUUUUUGCAACUGUUUGAUUGGAAAUAUUCAAAGUGUAUCUAAUAAAGGUGGCGCCAACAGUGCACUUUCUAAAAACCAAAAGAAGGACCACAUCAGCAACCAGCAAAAGUCGUCCAAACAAGGAAAGCGAAAAAAUGUAGGAUCUGCCAAGAAGAAGCUGUCCUCCUAUUUGAAUAUUACCUCUGAUAGUUUGUGGUCUGAUAUCCAGGAAUUUGCGAAGCUAAAGUAUCAGUUCGAGUUGCCUGAGGAUGCAAAAAUGCUCGUAAAGAAAAUUCCAGUUGUACGCAAUCUUUGUCAGAAGGUAGGUGUGACCGUUGCAGCUCGUAAAUAUGACCUUGUCUCUGCUGCACCUUUUCAAGCAUCAGAUAUUAUGAAUCUCCAACCAGUGGUGAAGCAUUCUAUCCCAGUUAGUUCAGAAGCUAAGGACCUUGUAGAAACAGGGAAGGCUCAAUUAGCUGAGGGUUUGCUUAGUGAGGCCUACACUUUAUUUUCUGAAGCAUUCACAAUACUUCAGCAGGUGACGGGUCCUAUGCACCGUGAGGUUGCCAAUUGUUGUCGCUACCUUGCUAUGGUUCUGUAUCAUGCUGGAGAUAUGGCUGGCGCUAUAAUGCAACAGCACAAGGAACUUAUCAUAAAUGAAAGAUGCCUUGGACUGGACCACCCUGACACUGCGCACAGUUAUGGAAACAUGGCCCUUUUCUACCAUGGUCUUAACCAAACAGAACUUGCAUUGAGGCACAUGUCACGGGCCUUGCUUCUGCUUGGCUUGUCAUCAGGUCCUGAUCAUCCGGAUGUUGCUGCAACAUUUAUAAAUGUUGCGAUGAUGUACCAAGAUAUAGGAAAGAUGGAUACAGCACUUCGUUAUCUCCAAGAAGCAUUGAAAAAGAAUGAACGGUUGCUCGGGGAGGAACAUAUUCAGACUGCUGUUUGUUAUCAUGCUCUGGCAAUUGCAUUCAAUUGUAUGGGUGCUUUCAAGCUCUCACACCAGCAUGAAAAGAAAACUUAUGACAUACUAGCCAAACAGCUCGGAGAGGAGGAUUCAAGGACACGUGAUUCUCAGAACUGGAUGAAAACUUUUAAGAUGCGUGAGAUACAGAUGAAUGCGCAAAAGCAGAAAGGUCAAUCUCUGAAUGUGGCUUCUGCACAGAAGGCUUAUGAUAUUUUGAAGGCUCAUCCUAGCCUGCUACACGCAUUUCAAGCUGCUGCUGGAGGUGCUGGUGUUGGUGGCAUGAACCAAUCAUUAAGUUCUGCAGUACUUGGUGAUGGGCUUCCUCGAGGAAGAGGAGUUGAUGAAAGAGCUGCACGAGCUGCUGCUGAAGUAAGGAAAAAAGCUGUAGCAAGGGGUCUUCUGGUACGUCCCAGUGGUGUUCCUGCAGCGACUUUACCCCCUCUUACCCAGCUACUCAAUGUAAUAAACUCUGGCGCCGCGCCGGAUGCUGCAAAUGCUAAUGAAACUAAUGAAGAAAAGGAAGAAGUGAAUGGCCAUUCUUCUGAUGGACCUGGAGUAGAUGCCCAAGCAGACCAUUCCAAAACACCAGGACAAGAUCAAACUCCUGUUGGUUUAGGAACAGGUUUGGUGGGGUUGGAUGCCAAGAAACAGAAAUCAAAAGGGAAAUCUGCAUCUUGAAACAUAGAAUGCUGAAUUUACUAACAAACAUGACAAUGGCCAGUUCGAGCAUUAUUAUGGAUUUUAACCAGCGGCCAGCUCAUGCUGCAGGUACUCAUCGUGUGGGCAAUUGCUUAUACUUGUAUUCUAUUCUUGCAAUAAUACUCUCAUGGAGAUUUAAGUAUUCGAGAUGCAGUUCCUCUCAUCUUGAUUAUUGCUACUGAGAUUACGUAACUUGUAGGCCUAGUUUGAGAAAAUAGGUUUAGUAGGCGCAUUAUUUUGGUGUUCGUUCUAAAUAAAGUUAUGUAGGGAGGUUGAUUAUCUGUUUUGUGCAUUGAUGUCAUCCUGAAAAUUUUGACAUCAAUCCCUUAUGUAUACCCAUUUCGUUGCCGUUGAAUAUGUAAUGAUCUGGUGAGUGAAAGUGCUCUUUCGUGGACAACCUUUUUAUUUCUGGUUAAAAGUUAUCGUUCUAUUUGUCA